AUGGCUAUUAUACCGUGUGGGAGUACGUUGGUGACCCGGUGGGGUGUUCAACCUCAGUUUGUACUUAGACCAUCUAUUACAAAUAAAUUGUGUACAUCCUCUCGUAGUUCAUCGAGUAGGCUCAAAUCAGUGGCAUCACAAAGUUUUGCAAUUUUUUCUCAAGAAUCACUUAGCAAUCUUUUCAGUUCAAGCACAUACAAAAAUCCACGUCACAGAAGAGGAGCUCGGCUCGUUGUUAGAGCUGAUAGAGACUACUAUUCGGUACUUGGUGUGUCUAAGAAUGCGAGCAAAUCGGAGAUCAAAAGCGCCUAUCGAAAGCUAGCCAGGAGUUACCAUCCGAAUGUGAACAAAGAAGCUAGUGCAGAGGAAAAGUUCAAGGAGAUAAGUAAUGCAUACGAGGUUUUAUCUGAUGAUGAGAAACGCUCGAUUUAUGAUACAUAUGGGGAAGCAGGUCUCAAAGGAGCAGGCAUGGGCAUGGGGGACUUUAGCAACCCAUUCGACCUUUUUGAGACCCUCUUCGAGGGCAUGGGCGGCGGUGGCAUGGGCAGCGGCGGCCGUGGCCGCCGCAGCCGAGCGGUCGAGGGCGAGGACCAAGUCUACACCCUCGUCCUCGACUUCAAGGACGCCGUUUUCGGCAUCGAAAAAGAGAUCGAAAUCUCCCGACUCGACUCCUGCCCGACCUGCAAUGGAUCCGGCGCCAAACCGGGCACAAAACCCUCCAGUUGCUCUGCCUGCGGCGGCCAGGGCCAAGUCGUGUCCUCCGCCCGUACCCCACUCGGCGUCUUCCAGCAAGUCACCACCUGUCCCACUUGCUCCGGCUCCGGCGAGACCUCCAUCCCGUGCCCCGCCUGCUCUGGCAACGGCCGCCUCCGGAAAACCAAACGUAUAAGUCUGAAAGUCCCUGCCGGUGUCGACUCCGGCAGCCGGCUCCGAGUCCGGUCGGAAGGGAACGCGGGCCUCCGGGGAGGCCCGCCGGGCGAUCUCUUUGUGGUGAUCGAAGUCCGGCAAGAUCCGGUUUUGAAACGAGACGAUACGAACAUUCUCUACACGUGUAAAGUACCGUACACUGACGCGAUACUCGGGACGACCGUCAAAGUCCCGACUGUUGACGGGACGGUUGACCUGAAAAUCCCGGGUGGCACGCAGCCCGGGACGACGCUCGUGAUGGCGAAAAAAGGGGUCCCGUUUUUGAAUAAGCGGAAUAUGAGAGGAGAUCAGCUGGUGAAAGUGCAGGUCGAAAUUCCGAAAAGGCUGAGUGGAGAAGAGAGGAAGCUCAUUGAAGAGCUUGCGAGCUUAAGCAAGGAGAAGGAGAAGGAGAAAACGGCCGGGAGCAGGAGGUAG